CUCAUGUACUUAAAUAGAACAUUUUUGUUUUUCCGGAUGUUGGUAGCGAGUAGCUCUUCGUAACAAUUGUUCCAGCCAAGCAUUGCGGACACCCUUGGAUUAUGUACAACCGAAACCGGACACCAAAUGCGCACUACAACUGCACGCCGAAUGAGCGCUUCCCAUCCAGGCUGUCACUGACAUCCACACCCACGGAACAAUACCCAAACUACCUUUUAUCGCCUUAUGGGUCCCCGUCCUUUGACCCGGGUACUCGAAGCACUCCAGCUUUCCAUCAGUCUUUGCGGUUUGUUGGAAGCCCCCGCCCUCCAGCUGCAGCUUCUUUCAACGCACCUCCCGCCCAUUUUAUGCCUUACCCGUGCGCAAGCCCUGUUGAUCAGUCCUCCGGUUAUCCAUCUAUUUACAACUCCCCGAUGUGCCCGCCAAGCUUCCGUUCCAACUAUUCUCAGAACAGCAUCGCGACUCCGUCUUAUAUGUCUGCUCGCGAGCAGCUCAACAACUCGAUGGAUGCUACUCCAAGUAGUUUCCGUGGUGGCAGGAGCUCUUUCCUAUCUUCUAGACAUGACCGCAGUACUUCGAGUCCUCAUGUGGGUUGGAUUACCCGUGCCCUGUCAGAUCCAUGGGCUGAUAUUAUCCCAAAACAGGCACCAGAAACCGGUUAUUGUCUGGUUUCCAGACCGUUGGCUCAGCGCCAUACGGUUUUAUUCGCACCACGGCAGCUUCGUCGCAAAGCUGGUGAGGAGCCAGUAGAUGAAACGAGCCUUGAUCCAAAACGAAUGUCGCUUGAAGAAUUUGAUGGUGUGAUCGAUGGGGACUCGCUGCCUUGUUUUUCAGAGCUCACGAAUUCGAAUGCAGAAUGA